UCUGCAAUGUUUGAUAUUCUGAGAAAGACGUUGAAAGUACAAGGAACAUCCUGACACAAGUGAUAUCGUCCAGGAAGGAGGAUAGAGACUUCUACGAGUCGUUUACGCACGGUCCGUAUCAGUCCGUAUACAGAUCAUCCAGCACCGUAGCUGAGGAGGUCGGGAGUGGUGGGGAGGACAAAGCCGUCAUGGCUGACAUUAACGAGGAGUGUAGUUUUGGAGUGGUCGUGCUGUGGAGAAGAGCUCGUACGGUGUGGUAAUACAAAAUAUGGGGAGAAAUGGGCAGACGAGUAAGCGGAGACGGGGCUAGCGAGCUGGCAGUCCUUCUACCGGAUGAUACAUGUGAGAGGACGGCGAAGAUGGAGUCCAGGGCAAGGAGAACUCGACUACGCGGUAUCAUCGGCAUUUGUAUCAUCCUCGCUCUUACUGGGAUUGUAUACCUUGGCUACUUCUGUCCGGAUCAUGUGUGCGCCCUAACAAAUCGUGACCUUAAGGAGUCCAGUAGGCUAUCAGAAGGUUUUGCUGCUGGCACUGGUUCUGGACUUUCCUUCCCUUCCAUAGAACCUGAUCGGAGUAAUCUUCUUUCUGUGCAUCCUGCCUUCAAGCUACAGAGUAUCCAAGGAAGUCUUGGCUACGAGGACAUCUUCACCAAUGAUACCUUUCAAUUUGACAUUAAUGCUAACGAUGUCAUCGUAUUCCUCCAUAUACAAAAAACUGGUGGUACAUUAUUUGGCAAACAUUUGGUACGCGAUCUAGAUCUUCAGAAACCCUGUUCUUGUCAAAGAAGACGCAAGCGUUGUUUUUGCUUCCGUCCAAACCGCAAUGAAAAUUGGCUCUUCUCGCGUUACUCAACGGGUUGGAAAUGCGGGCUGCAUGCAGACUGGACCGAACUGACGAGUUGCGUAGACUCUGAAUUGAAUAAAAUUGAGGGGGAAGGCGUAAAGCGGAGAUACUUUUAUAUUACUAUAAUAAGAGAUCCCGUAGCGCGAUACCUCUCAGAAUUUCGACACGUUCAGCGUGGUGCUACCUGGAGAGGAGCUCGUCAUUGGUGCGGAGGAGCCCAGGCGAAUAUUCCUCAAUGUUACAACGGUCCUAGCUGGCAAGGUGUCACCUUAGAGCAGUUUAUGAGUUGCCCACACAAUCUGGCCAGUAAUAGGCAAACACGAAUGCUUGCCGAUCUUUCCCUGAUUGGUUGCUACAAUUCCAGUCUCAGCAAGCAGGAGAGCGAUCGCCUGAUGCUGGCGAGUGCCAAGAACAACCUGCAAUUCAUGCCCUUCUUCAUGCUCACCGAAUAUCAAAAAGUAGGUCAGUACUCCUUCGAAGAGACUUUUGGCAUGAGAUUCGCAGUGGCGUUCGAACAGCACAACGCCACCCUGAGUGCAGCUACAAUGGCGACCCUUAAUCAUGAACAGCUGGACGCGGUUCGUAGGCUAAACAGGCUGGAUCUGGAGCUGUAUGAAUUUGCAAAGACCCUGGCGUUCCAGCGGUUCCGACGGCUGAGGGAUCGGGAUCCUCACUUUGUGCAGAGAUUCCAGCACCUGGGGGAACUGCCCUCGAGGCAGAGUGCCACCGAGUUCAAUUGGGACUCCGUCAUCGAGGACACUACGGACAACGACUAAGAGGUCGCAGAGAAUACUGAGCCAGACAACACAUAUUUUCAAAGUCAUUUUUAAGAUGUCUUAAGGAAAACUUUAUGCCAUUAGACGCCUCAAAUACGACUUUUGAAUAUUAUCUGUUGUCUGGGGAAUUCUCGACUGAGAAAGUGGAGUCAAAGCUGCCUUUUCUUGGUGCUUCGACACAGCUUCUGUAAGUAUCCCCUCCAAUAAGAACCAGGUCCAGGAAUGUUAGAAGCUUUACUAACGGGACCUGGUGGACUUGAGCAUCUUUGGGAGCUGGCCUUUGGCACUGGAUGCUCAUCACAAGCUUCUUAUGCAAUUCUGUGUAAAUUGCAUAAGUAGGAGUCUUCAACCUAAAGCCUUAGGAACUUUUUACUCCAGAUCCUGACACCAAAGAGAACGCCGAGUACGUUAUAGAAUCUCGGUGAGAUCUCACAUCUCUGCUAUUUUAAAUACGAAACCUGUGCUCUUGUCGUUUUCUUUGUUACGCGAAGAACAAUUAAUUAAUUGAACGUUGUGGUUGUGUAUCGAGAUUAUGGUACUUCUGAAUCACGAGGAGCUAUACCGAACGAAUAGGAUCAAUCUCGUGUCUUCUUGUAGGACAAUGUUUCCUACAAAAUUCAACGUAUAGAUCUGCAGCUUACAUAUCCUUAUUUGUAAAUGAUAAACGUCUCAGCCACUUCCGGUUGUUUAUACGUCAAGUCGACGAUCAACGGCAUACGAAAUUAUUUCCGUAGCCCAGCACGAAUUAGAGACAAAAACAAUGUACCCUUCUGAAUUUUGUUUUACUGAGACACAUUUAUUUUUCAUGCCAGGGAGAGCUCCUGGGGAUGCUGCGUUAUUUGACAUACAGAAUUCUUUAGCAAUCGUACGUGAUUCUCUGACGACUGCCUUUAGAUCUCGGUGAUAACUGCCCUUUAGAUAAUUAGAUAACUCCAAAACGAUAUAUCGUCCUGUGGGAAUCAGACUUUUCCAUCAUUUUUACUAAAAGCCACAACUAGCCUUUAGAAACGUCAGUGUCAAGGAUCCGCACGAUUUCUGGUCUUCGUUUAUGUAUGACGAGUCUGCGAAUUUUUAACGAUAAUAAGCGUAACAAUUAAUUGAUGGGUUUAGAGUGCCGUGUGGAUGCGAUGAUGCUUGCUGCGUGACUGUUUAGUUUAUAGAAAAAUUUGUCAGGAGUAUCCAACGUUUAACCUGUAGACCGCCGGUCGUUUUUCAAUACAAGCGCAAAACGUGUUACUAGAUUUUCGUUACUUAUUCGGAUGAAUAUUGUAUGUCAUUGAAAUAUUUUGAAAAUUGGAUAAAAGGCGGUCUGGAGGUUAAACGGAUUCUUCUCGCCAAUAAACCCACCCGUAUGUGAAAAUUACAAGAGUUGCAGCUUAAGAAGUCGACGAGUUAGUUAAAGCGAGAAAAAAAAGUUAAUCUUAAGACAAAAUUACGUUUACGAAUUAUCUCUAUUAUUAUUAACAAUUUUUUGUUGUUACUGCUGUAAUAAUCUCUCUCUAAUUUCUCGUUGCGGUUGUGACGAGUUCGUUGCGCUAUUACCACGUCCCUUUUGACUGUUAAACGCAUACGAAUCCAUUACAUUUGGCAGCUUUCUUCAAGGAAUUCAAAAGCCUCUAGAGAAUCUUAAGUUUGCCUUCAAGGAUCAUUUUUGCUUUAUGGUAAAAAAAAAAUAGAAAUGUUCAGAUCAUAUCUCAAGGACAGGAAUAUCCUGCAACAUACUAAUACAUUUUAGAAACCGGAUUCUGGAUCAGGAAGGAUCUCAAAAAUUAGUAUGCAGACAGCUUGUAUCCUUGGGACACGUGUGACAGGAAGUUUUCAAAAAUAAGGAUACAAACUUUGAUUAUUGUAACGAUAGCUAUUCUCUCUUUUGUCACUUUAUCUUUGUUAAUUCAGUCAAGACCUCUUGGCCUUUCAUUUUGCUUUUUUAUCCUCGAUUACUUAUAUAAAUCUUUUUCUCUCUUUCUUUCUCUCUCCGUCGCCAUAACGAGAACGAACGUUGCUAUAGUGUCGCGUCAGGCCACGUGGUAGAGAGGUGGACUGAUCAAGAAUUUUGUUUUGUAAAUAUAUACCGAAAGUCUAUUUUUUUCAUUGACACUUAUUUCCUGUAAGUUACGUCCUAGACAAGGCGAUACACGGCGUAGGUUUUACAAUAAUCGUUCUGUUAAUCCACUAGUACCAUAAGGGACGCCAUUGAGCGAGUAUUUCACGUCGCUUCGAUCAACUGGAAUUCCUAUAUAUAUAUGUAUAUUUUUUUUCUUUAAGACCUUCGCAUAUUUAUAAAGCCUUUUUAUUCUUUUCUCCCUUUCUUUUAUUGUCACAAGACACGAAUACUCGCUCGAUGUCAAUCAUCUUUUAUAAGGAAUACAAUAAUUUUCUUUUAUUUCUGUGAAAACUGUCAGGAAAGUCAAUUUGUUAUAUAUAUAUACAAGUUUUUUUUUUCAAAAGGGACUUUUGAAUUACAAAAAUUCGUAAUAUUGCGAGUUCAGUCCCAUAUCCAGUGUAAACGUAAGAUCAAAGCAAUUCAAUGAACAAAUAAUUGACGUACAGUCUCACGACUCAAUCUCGCACCAGGUGUGUCGAUUCUCCGUAACGUUUGACACGAAUUCAAUGACUUUUGGAAUUCAAUGACAACUCGCUUGGCGAUGCGAAUUUUUAACGCGUGAUUUAAUCAGAUCAAUCGCAAUUCGCUUUGUACUAGCGGAUCCAAUGUACGAGCGUCGUAUGUGCAAUAAGACUCGCUGGGUUACCACAAUAAUUAUCUCAUAUCAUCCAGUCACGAAAGAUAAAUGUAAUAUAGCUAAUUUAAUCAUGUAGAUUAUUAAGUAUUAUUAUUAUAUUAUAUAGACCGUGUAAACAAUAAUGAUUGUACGGUACGCGAGCUCGUGCCAAGUUGGAAAUGACGAUUCUCAUUAUAUAUACUAUUCGCUUCAUCCAAUUUAAUCUCUUUUCACGGUGUAAACAUUUGAAUGAAUCAAUUUUUUUAAUCAUUUAUAAAAGAUAACGAUUCUCCCACCUUACGUACAAGAUAUUGGAAUUUUUGUCCACUCAUUCAAAUUAUUGAGACUGCGCGUUUCCAACGUGGUGCGACCACCUGCUGUAUGGGGAAAGAAAAAAAAAGUGAACAAGGCAGAAGUUGCGAAAACGUUGUAACGCAUAAGCUGGAGAGUAACGAACGAUAGUUCUUUCGUUACUACUAAUAAUAAUUUUAAUGGAGAGAGAAGAAAAAAAAUAACAGAGGGAGAGAUUACCGUUAAGGACCAAAGAUACAACUAUGUCUUUUGCAAGCGUUCACAAAGGAGCUUGCGGCACAAGCAAUCGUCUAGUUGAGAUUUUUUUUUUACAUAUCGCUAACUAGAAACAACGCUCACGGUUCACGCAUAAUCUUCGUUGACGACGUUUUUCACCAGGUCAUAAUCUUCAAACCUGGUUUAAGGUGUCUCGAUUGUCUCAAAGCCAUCCAAGAGUUCUUAGAUUUUAGGCAAUAAGUUACGUAAAUAUCUUCUAGUGCUAGCGGUGAUAGCAGUAGGACACGCGUUGCGUUUUUUGUCGUUAAGAUAACAAAUAUAUAUAUAUAUAUAUAAAUAUAUUAUUUUUUACGGAGGAGAUGUAAUAUAUUGUGCGCCAUAUACUAUUGUAUCCCAACAAUCAAUGACUUUUUCAAUGAGUUAGUUUCACGACUCUCGGCCAGUACGCAAAUUGUUGCGUACGUACGUCGUAGCGAGCAGGAUUUUCUUGUUAUUGUUCUUAAUAUUGUUGUGUCGGAGCGUUAAAAGUUCCGAAAACAACGAGAAGCUUUAAAUUAUCAUUGAGAAUGAAACUGCGAUUGAGGAAAUCGCAUACUCUUUCCUUUUUUUUUUUUUUAACAACGUCAGCAGAGAGAAAUGUAUAUCUAUUAUAUAUACAGACAUAUAUAUACUCGUCAACGAAUAGGAAAGGAAAAAUUACACUUUUGUUUUAGCCUAACGAAGCGAACAACGGGCCUAAUGCCUUUCUGUACCUUGUUUUAAGCCAGUGUAUAUAUUAUACCAUUAGAUCCGUAAGUACUAAUGAAUUAUAAUAUAAUGCAUAAAUAUAUGUAUAUGUAUAUCAUAUAUCGAGUCAUAUAUACACAUAUAUAUAUUUAAGAUUGUACCGUACAGGAUAAUAUACAGACACAAAGUAUAUUAGUUAUAUUGUAAUAUUGGACGAGCUAAUAGAGUCGUGAGAGUGAAAAGUAAUCCGAGGCGAUUAAUUAUUGUAAAACCUUUUAAUAAAUCCUGAGAGAUUCUCAAAAGAA